AUGCGGCGCUCAGGAUUUGCGUGCCUUAUCUUGCUAAGCCAACUUUCCAAGGUUGCGUGGAAUCUGUUGUGGCCAGCUUUUCUCUCGCAACGGAACUUAUUUGCGACAAGACUUGGAAGUGGUGAGACCUUUCGGAUGGUAAUGAGGCAGGCCAACUCUAUGCCUGUUACCCCAAGCAAUCACGAAUCAACUGCCAGGGCUGUUGGCAGCCUGGUAUCUGCCCUAGUCGGGAAUGACUUUUACCAGCCCAUAAACUCUGCGCCAUUGCUCACAUUGCAGGAAGAGCUCGCGGCUUUCUUUGAAGUUUUCAACGACAUGCGAAGGAAUCCGAGUUGUGUGGCGGCCCGAUUGGACACAGCUGCAACUCAGCUUGCGCAAGAAUUUGCCCACGAAUUUGCGCAAGAGUCAGACUUCGAGAAGUCGCUCAUGGUUCAAAUUGCCCAGCUCACUGGCUUGCAGUACGACCACGGCGCAAAGAGAAUUCUAGUUGUGGAAGAUUGUGGUUUCAAGGUUGAAAUUCGUCAGCAAAUCACAGCUUGCACGGCGUGUUUCGAAAGCCUGCCUGUAGCAUUGGCAACUGUGCCAAUGGCCAGAUCUGAUAUUGGCAUACUUCUAACUCACAACAAGUUUGGACAAGAGUCAUCAGCGUGUCUGGGCGUGGUCGAGUUGAAGGUGGGCAAAGAAGUAAUCGACGAACCAGUGAAAAUGGCAAAGGGGCCACUUGCGCAGACCGUUGCAUACCUUUUCGGAUGGCAGGUGCCUUGCAUGGAAAGUCUGCAAUUGCCAGUUGACCAUUCUUUAGCUGCCCUUAUAACAGGCCGCAAAAUAGGGUGUUCCGCUGAUGCAGCCGGCUUGUUGGUGGAAGGUACAAAACCUGUCAUGUUUGAUCGUUGGACAUACUGCUGCCCAGCAGUUGUGCAAAGCAACCAAGAGAUCGCUGCAACUGUCGUUCGCGUGCUGGCCACUGGUCUUCGUGCAGCACAUUGCUUCAAGACAAAUCCUCAUGGUAGCAUCGCGCAGUCCGUCACCAACAGUACCCAGAUUGGUUUGGUGCCGCAAGGUUGGAAGCUGAAACUGCUGGGGAGCCCAAUCCUGCACCACUUUGGCUUCGGAGUGCCGAUCAACCAAGGGGUGCUGUUUGAGGCAGCGUUUCGGGACAUCAAUGCCGUCAUCAAGUACAUAGAUUUGCUCGGCGCGCGUGCCAGCCUGGUCAACCGUGUCAACGCGCAGAACCAAGCCAAGCCUGACACGGUGGUAUUGAAGUUGCAAGGCCCGCUUUACCGCCGAUUGGUUUCUGCAAAGGAUUUUCGAAUCGCGCAAAUGACCAUGCACCUGCAAUUCUCUGGGAAGGACUGGGCGACUUUUCCUUAUUAUUGGUAUAGCGCAGAGUUCAGUGGCGUCACCCUCACCAUCACAGAGAAAAUGGUUUGCAAUGAGCUCACACAGGAAGAUGUACGUGCCAACCCGCACAUCCUGGAGGGCAUCGUUCGGCAACUUAGUCAGCUAUUGAAGACCGGCCUUACCCAUUGCGACGUGCGUUUCCCCAACAUUUGCUUGCAUGAAGGCUUCACACGUUUGCUGGACUUGGAGAGCAUUGUUGAACAGCCACCCUCACGAUUAGACUUUCCAAACGUCAUUGAGUUUACAUACCCCAGAGGCCGGGCUGACCCUAGAGGCACUGCUCUUUGGCAGCUGGCCCUAAUUCUGUAUCGGUCCUCACAGCUUGUGAAUACCAAGCCGCUGAAGCUGGACGAAUUCCAAAGCUGGCUCGACAGCAAUCAGCACAUACCGAUUUGUCAAGCCGCAUUGCGCGCGGAUGAGAAUGAAAAGUUCGAUGGCGAUUUUGCAGAGGUGGUGCUGCAAUCCUUCACAAUCUGGCAAGGAUGUCAAUAG